AUGAGCUUUGACUCAACCAAUGGCACCAAGCAGCCUGGUAUCAGGAAAGGAGCAUGGACUGUAGAAGAAGAUGCUCUUCUUAGGAGAUGCGUCGAAAAGUAUGGCGCCAAGGAGUGGCGCCAUGUUCCUCAGAGGGCAGUUUCUAUUAAUGAAGGCUUGAAUAGGUGUAGAAAGAGUUGCAGGCUGAGAUGGCUGAAUUAUCUCAGCCCGGGCAUCAACAGAGGGAGCUUUGGGGAGGACGAGGCUGAUCUUAUUGUUAGGCUUCACAAGCUUUUGGGUAACAGGUGGUCCCUAAUAGCAGGCAGACUUCCCGGCCGGACUGCAAAUGAUGUUAAGAACUACUGGAACUCUCAUUUGAGCAAAAAGCCUGAUGUUAGAGACCACGGAGAGAGGAGCAAGCGCGGCAAUAUCGUCUUUAAGCCACGACCUCAAACCAUUCCUACGACUUGGAUUUGGUCAAGGGAUCAACCAUCUUCUGCAAGUGAAAUCCGGCAAGAAAAAACUCAAGUGCCAGAAAUACCAUCUUCAGAGAAUCACAGAACACGGGUGGAUACUCAGAUCAUUGGUGUGCCAAAUGUUGAAAAUGUCAUAACAAAGGAAAUGCAAACUGACAACAGGGUCAUCCAAGACUUGGAGGACAAUAAAGAUGAUGAGUCACUUGCAGGAGUUGGAGGUUGGGAUGACCUGCUUCGGGAUAUCAAUCUUUGGGGAGACUUGGGGGCCAUAUGACAUAUCCCGAGAUUUUAACUGAUAAUUCAGAAAUAUAAUGCUAGUCUUAAAGUUGUUUUGUAUCUUCAUAUCAAUGACAUUGGAACAUUUCCACACAUCAACAGUUUCUACAUGCAAAUCUUUUUGAUAACUUUUUACAGAAAAUGUUCUCUCGAUCUCUGCUCCUGGUGACAAAAUCAUGCUCACGAAUAAUUCUGAGAGUCUUGAGAACAACAUGAGGGGCCACUAUUCCCUAAUAUUUGAGAUCUAUUAUAAGAAAUUAUCAAGAUACUUUGACGAGUUUUCAUUGCCCCUUCUACUUGAGGUUUUAUGAAUAGAUAAAAUGAUAAAUAAGCAGAGGAAAUAAAAAACAAGAAAAGCAGCCAAACUAGGUGCUUACCUAAUCCACCUAUUUGUAUGAAUAAAUGCACUAAUCUAACUCACGUGCAAAGGUGCGACAUACGUUCCGAUAAAGCAUGAGAACAAUAUGCAAAAUGGUUGGUUAUACAUAUAAAUAAGGUUAACUUGAAAACCCACAAGUGCAUUUAAUUGUAUUAGUUUCCUGUUGGAGCUUGUAAAGGAUCCAGUUCAACGGAGUGGUUCGUGAUAAGGUUCAGCACAAGGUUAUGAGAAUGUUCUGUUUCCAGGAUCUCAUAGCAGGAACAAAUUAAAGUACCAAUACAGGUUUGAUAUCCAAAAAUGAGAUAAUUAAAUUCAAUGCCUUGAAAAAAAGAUGAUGAAUGCUACCAAAAGAAAAGAAGAAGAAGAAGAAAUGAUGAAUAAAGUGUAAUGAGUUCAAUAUUGUAUAAGUUUCAGAGUAAAAUGAAGUCCUGAAUGGCCAUCUAUUGAGUGUUACAAUGAUGGAAACCUAUAAGAGACUGCACCAGCAAACAAAAAAUGACAAUAGUCAAGAACAACUCUUCAAAAAUAAGUUAAUAACAAUAUAAAACAUGAAACUGACAGGAAAUACCUAAACAUACAU